CACACUUCAAAAGUUUGUAGAUCGGCAGUCUGAGUUAGUCCGAGUUUAAGGAUAGAAAAUGUAUUUUGUCCUCUUUGGGUUAGAACCAGCAAGAGGAGUCGUGAAUCCGUGACAACCGGCGGCGGCGAGGGAAGAAUCGAAGAUCGCCGCAGCCGCAAGGAAGGAAACCGAGAACAACUCAAUCCGCUGGCUAUGGCGUUGCUGAUGGAGCCCGGCGCUGAGCCCCUGACUGAGAGCGAGCAGGCCGACCUGGCCGGCAUCGCCGCCAUCAAGGAGUCGGCGGCGCGCGAAUACAAGGAGCAGGGGAACCAGUUCGUCCGGAUGGGCCGGAGGCACUACGCCGCGGCGGUCUCCUGCUACACGAAGGCCAUCGCUCAGAUGGAGCCCCUCUCCUCCCUCGACGCAUCAGCCGCUGCUGACGCCUCCGUUCUCUUCGCCAACCGAGCACAUGUCAACAUCCUCCUCGGUAACCACCGACGGGCCCUCGACGACGCCGAGCAGGCCAUCCGCCUCUCUCCCUCCAGCGUCAAGGCGUACUACCGAGCAGUGAAGGCGGCGCUUGCGCUGGACUUGUUAACGGACGCGGCGUCCUUCUGCAGGAAGGGGCUCGAACAGGACCCCCCUAACGAGGAAUUCAAGAAACUGUUGUCGGAAGUGGAUUCAAAACUGAGAGAGCAAGAUCGUCAGAGAGCGAAGGUUGCACAAGCAAUCGCCAAAGCCAAGGAUCUUGCUGCUGCUAUGGGAAAGAGAGGGGUGAAACUUGGGAAGGCAGCCUAUCAAGAGCUGACAGGGGUAAAGAAGCCAGUGCUGGAUGAGCAGGGCGUGCUCCACUGGCCUGUUCUUCUGCUCUACCCAGAGGUCAUGUCGAGUGACUUCAUUGAGGAUUUUCCAGAUACAGAUACUUUCUCGCCCCACCUUGAUGUCAUGUUCUCAGAAACUUCUCCACCAUUGCCAUGGGAUGAUAACCAUGUUUACACAAGGGACUCAAUCGAAUUAUAUUAUCAGGGUGGUUUUGGCAAACCUUUGUCCCGAAGUGAGGUAUUAAGAUAUCUUCUAGAAGGCAAUGUAGAUUCGAAGGCGCUUCCAGAUAGCCUUCUUGACGGGGAAGACGAAGAACAUGACAGUACCAAAUGUACCACUGUUACAUCAACUGAUAGCUCCAGUAAGUGGAUCAAGGUAAAAGAAGGAAAAACACUUCAGGAGGUGCUGCAGGAUAAAGGCUAUAUUGUUCCUGCAAUUCCUGUGUUCUUCGUUGUUUCAAGGAAGUCCACAUUCUAUAAAGACUUCAAGGCUGGAAACUGGUCUUUGCCAUGAAACAGAACCGGACACUAAGGUUCAGCUUAAAUCGAUCUCUGAGACGGGCAGCGGAUAUGGCAAGAAAGCAGAAGAUGCCCUCUUGUGAUCAUGGUCAUUUGGUUUAAAAGGAGUGUGCUUUUUUCAGUGUCUGCAGACUGACAGCCUUUUGUUACCGAGAUAGACAGAAAAGACGAGGCAAUGUAAUAUGAAUUUUUAUGUGAACCGAUUCAGCGUUUAGCAUGGUCGUAGUAUGUUAAGUCUCGGUUGAAACGUUGGUGUUUCUAACGGAUGGUCUUGACAGUAGUGUCUGA